AUGGCACUCAGCAAAGUUGACUGGGACGAAUGUGACGAACUCCUGGAUGAGUCUGGCAUUCUCAGAACAAGUAUGGAUUAUACCAGCCUCUUCUUUAGCGAGACGUACGGCUACUUUCUUAAUCUUUCGGAAAACCAAGACGGAUUGUACUGUACCGACGACGAGGACGAAAAGCAUUAUUUCGAACUUUGGACGACGCUUCUGCCCAUUAUUCCUAAAGCACACAAAGAGUUGAGGCAGAUUUUCGAGCCUCUUUGCAAAGAUGGGUUGGAGGGAUUAAAAAAGGGGAACCCAAACUUUAGCAGUCUUUGUACUUUCGUGGAACAAAUGAUCUCGGCCAAGGACAAAUAUGUCAAGAACGAGCUUCAGUAA